AUGGUUGACGGCAUAGACUUAACCGAGGAUGAAAAUACCAAAGGUCACGGCGAACCUAACUCCAUUUCGCUAUUAAAAUUCAAUCCCGAAAAGAAAAAAAAAGCGACUGACCCAGACCGAGAAGGCGAAGGAAUCGCUCAUGAAAUUACCCAACUACUCAAACUAGACCCUUCUCAAUACCAACGUCUACUUUUUUAUGAAAUAACUCCACGCAAUAUUAAAGAAGCGUUAGCCAACCCCUUGCCCCUUGAUAAAAACCUCAUCGAGGCACAAAUUUCCCGGCAAGUUCUCGACCGCAUGAUUGGUUUUUGUUUGAGUCCAAUUUUACAAAAAAAACUCCGGGCUUUAUCAGCCGGUCGGGUCCAAUCGGUAGUUCUUAAAUUAAUUAUUGAACGUGAAUUGGCUAUCAAAAGUCACGCCAAAAAAAAAGAAUAUAUUAUUUGUGGAAUUUGUCCGAUUAACGAAAAAAAAAUAACUCUUAAACAAGUAAAUUCACUGAGCGAAUUAAUUAUUUACCCAGAAAAAUCCCAAGCUGAGGAAGUAGUAAAAAAACUAAGUUUGAAUUUUCAAUUAUUAGCGAAAAAAGAAGAAGUUAAAUUUGUGCUUCCUAAAGCCCCUUUUACCACUUCUUUAUUACUUUCCGAAGCCAAAUCUCAACUAGGUUUUUCUAUCGACCAGACUACUCGAUUAGCCCAAAAGUUAUACGAAGGAAUUUGGUUAAAAAAUGAAAAAAAACCGGACGCCCAUGAAGCCAUUCACCCCACUUAUCUUAACUAUCAACCCUCACGCUUAGAAAGUUCUUUAAGCAAUGAAGAAUAUAAAUUAUAUGAACUAAUCUUCCGUCACACUUUAACUAGUUUAAUGAGUCCUGCCAAAGUUAAUAAAAUUACUUACCUUUUUGACAAUAAUAAUUAUUUUUUUGCUACCACGGAAAGGAUUAGCCAAUUCCCAGGUUUUCUCGCCUGUGCUCCCGAAAUUUAUUUACCAAAUUAUAAUAUUAAAUUGGCUAGUGAAUUAGCCGGAAUUAACCAAUUAUUAGCCCAGAAAAUAGAAGUGCAAGAAUAUCAGGAAAAUAAACCGGUUCGCUAUAAUGAAGGAACGUUAGUCCAAACCUUAGAAAAACUUGGCAUUGGUCGACCUUCUACUUAUAACACUUUUGGUCGGAUACUAAUUAAAAGAGAAUACGCCGCCUUGAAUGAAAAAGGUCAUUUUGUCCCGACCGAAAAAGGAUUUUUGGUUAACCAAUGA